CUUUGGUUUCUCCAUUCGUUCUGUCCUUUUGGAUUUUUUGUUCGAGCGCGUUGCAUGGCUGCGCUUCCCGCCAACAACCUCGAUCUCCAGCUCCGGCGCCUCGGCACCAGCAGCAGGAGCAACGCAGGCCGCGCUCCUGCAGCAACAGGGAGGACCGACGCGUCCGCAGCCCAGUCGAUGCCUGCAACAACAAGGUCACCCGACACGGCGUCCUUCCGCGGCUCGUCGGCGCCUGCAUCGUCGUCGUCGUCGUCGUCGGUGGCGGCGUUCGUGUUGGACGACCCGUUGGAAGAGCUGCUCGGAUUGCCGUCCGCCAAGACCACCUCAGAGUCGACGCCUCAUGGCAAGCGCGGGAACUGGGCGUUUGUGCCGCCAUCGCGCGUCGGCGCUGCAGCUGGAAGCAGUCUUGCAAGCACAAGGUCGUUCAACCCGCCACGAAGCACUGGCACGCCGCCAACGGUCGCUGCAAACGGGUCGGUGAGUCACCAUGCAACGACAGGAGUCGACGCUGCUCGGCCGCCGCCAGCUCAAGUUGCUCCAGUUGCUCAAGUUGGCUCAGGAUUCGUCGCUGCUUCCACUCUUGCGCUGGCAGCUGCGCCCCCUCGUUCCACUUCGGCUCAGUCAGGGGUCAAGCUGGACCGGACGCCCACUGCUGGUGUGGGUCACUUGGCGCUGGUGGAGGACGCCCAGAUGCUUGCGCCGCCUUCGCUGCCGGAAGACUUUGGCUCGAUCGACGACGCCCUGUUUGACGACCUGCAGGUGGACUUGCCGAGUGCUCCGACCACGCGAGUCCAAUCAGCCAGCAGCAGAGUCUUGCCAGAGAGAGAGCACGAGCACCCCGCGCCCGCAGCUGUUGAGGACGAGCCAAUACUCUUUGCGCCAGACACGCAGCUCUCGUCGCCUGAAAACGAGUCCGAGACCCGGCGCAAGCAAGGCAAUUUCAGUUCCACAAGUGCAGCAGCCAUGGCACAUCCAAAGGGCCCAUUAGAGAGCAGUCGCUUCAGUCAUCACUCGUCGGACGACGCCGAUCCUUCGCAAGAGUGCACGCAGCUCUCGACGCCCCCUACCGAUCUUCAUCGUGUCCGCCAGCUGUUCCUCGAGGAUGACGUUUCCGCGUUUGACAUGGAAGAGGUGGAGGUCAGCUUGAACGGGCUGUCCACCACGAUCAACGCUUUGAGCAACGAAAUUUGCAAUCUGCUGGCGGCACAGAACGGCUCACUACCUCUCCCUCCGGAUGGCGUGGACCGACUUGCCAUGCGAGAGCGACUGCUCAGACAUCGCAAGGUGCUGGACUCGCGACGACGCGCUCUCGAGCAGGGCGCCCCCGUCAACAAAAUGCCCAGCAGGGCUCAGCAAAACGGCACUGGCGAUGCCAACGGGACUGGAAAACCCGCAGCAACUUCGCCAACCACGCUCCGAACUUCGGCCAGCUCGUUCUUGCUCUCAAAGCCUGGAGCAGUGGUCCCUCCGUCGCGAUUUCAAAGCUCGAUCGUGUCGGUGGUUGCCGGUACCGCGGCAAUGCCUGCCUCCCCAUUUCGCUCGCACUCGAGCAUUCCACCGGGUCCAACAUUGACUCGCGGAGCUGCAGCUGCUGCUGGACCUGCUGGACCUGCUGGCGGCGCCCCCACCAUGAAAGACGCGGUCACCCCGAGUCCGACCAGUGGUGGUGGUGGUGGUGGUCCUGUGACACCUUUCUCUGCCGCAUCGAAACAGCCCCAAUGGCCUCCGACGCUGGCCAAGCAGACGUCCUUGAGCAGCAAGCAGCAGCCUUCCAUCGGCCAGGCUCUUCCGCUUCCUUUGUCGCCCGUACACGCCCAAGCAACCCCUUCCUUGGUUGAUCUUGUGUCGCCAACGCACAGCGCCUCCCUGACUGGCGCCAAAACCAUGCCAACAAUGCCGAGUUUCGGCAACGCGUCGUCCAGAAUGGUCAUGUCGGUUGACUCGCCGCUCAGCACCACCACCACAACCACCACCACCAGGCAACCGGAAACUCCUUCCGUGUAUGGCCGCUCAAAGUCGUCUGCUGCUGCUGCUGCUGCUGCUGCUGCUGCUCUUGCUGCUGCAGAGCAAGAUGACGACGAUGCAAAUGAGGUUGUCAGCUUGGACGGUUUGGAUGACUGCGACGCAUACUCGCAGCCUCACGAAACCACUGACAAUGACCACCACACGAACGCCGAUAUGGGCUUUAACGGGACAAGCGGCGCUGGGCUGAACGGUGCGUCGUCGCGCGGCGUCGAUGUGGAAGAGUUUCACUUUGACGAGGACGAUGAUCAAGACUUUGCGAUGGUCGAUUUGGAUCAGUCCGAGCGGCUCGCGGCACCACCAACGUCCACCAUCAUGGACUACCGCAGUGCCGCUCGAUCCACGUCGACGACGACAAUGGGCAGCGCAAGUUCCUCGCAAAUUGUGCCCCUGUCUGCUCGAGCGGCGCAGGAUUCGGCGGCCAAGUUCAACCGAACCGACUACCCCUGGUCUGGCGAUGUGCAAAAGGCCAUGCGCAAAGUAUUUGGCUUGAACAAGGGCUUCCGCACGCAUCAGCUGGAGGUGAUCAACUGCACCAUGUCUGGGCGGCACUGCCUCGUGCUGAUGCCGACGGGCGGUGGCAAGAGCUUGUGCUACCAAAAUCCGGCCGUCAUCAGCAAGGGCGUGACGAUCGUUGUCUCGCCCCUCCUGUCGCUGAUUCAAGACCAAGUGGAGGCGCUCGUCCAGCUCAACAUUGGCGCCGUCUUCCUUUCCGGCUCGCAGACGGAGGCCGAACAGAGCCGCGUGUAUCUCGAGCUGUCGCGCCAGGACGAGCGAUGCAAGGUCGUUUACAUGACGCCCGAAAAGAUCUCGCACUCGACCCGGCUCCUCAGCCAGCUCGACAUGCUCUACCAGAGCAAGCGCCUCGCGCGCUUUGUGAUUGACGAGGCCCACUGCGUCAGCCAGUGGGGCCACGACUUCCGGCCAGAUUACAAGCAGCUGCGAAUGCUGCACGACCGAUUCCCCACCGUUCCCGUCAUGGCACUCACUGCCACGGCGACUGAGCGCGUGCGCUCGGACAUUAUGAAGCAGCUGAACAUCCACCAAGCCGAGAUUUUCGUGCAGUCCUUCAACCGCGAAAACCUGCGCUACCAGGUCUACAAGAAGGACAAGACAACCCUCGACGACAUUGCCCGCAUGAUCAAAAAGCAGUGGCCCAAGGACAGCGGUAUUGUCUACUGCUUGUCUCGCAAGGACUGCGAAACGGUGGCGCGAGAGCUCGUCCAGCGCGGCAUUGCCGCGACCUUUUACCAUGCCGGCAUGGACCCUGGCGAUCGAGCCGUCGUGCAGCGCGAUUGGAUUGGAAAUCGCAAGCAGGUCAUUGUGGCCACGAUCGCGUUCGGCAUGGGCAUCAACAAGCCCGACGUGCGCUACGUGUUCCACUACUCUUUGCCAAAGUCGCUGGAAGGCUACUACCAGGAGAGCGGUCGCGCCGGUCGCGACGGCUACGAGGCGCACUGCAUCAUGUACUACAGCUAUGGCGACAAGUCCAAGAUGGAGAGCAUGAUUGAGAAGGGCGAUUCGUCUGCCGAGCAAAAGCGCAUCCACAAGGACAACCUGGCCAAGAUGAUCAUGUACUGCGAGAAUGUCGUCGAGUGUCGCCGUGUGCAGCAGCUCGCCUACUUUGGCGAAAAGUUUGACCGCGCCCUGUGCAAGCGCACUUGCGAUAACUGCCGCUCGAGCACUCACUAUGUUGAGCGUGACAUUUCCUCGGUCACCAUCAGUGUCAUUGAGUGCGUGCAAGCAGCGACCGGCGAGGAUGGCCAGUCGUCGUCGUCGUCUUCGCGGGGCACGCUGCCGAGCAAGCGCUUCACCCUGCUCCAUUUCGUGGAUGUCUUCCGAGGAUCCAACAACCAGCGCAUCGCCCAAGCGCAGCACAACCGGCUGCCUGGCCACGGCUUGCUCAAGGACUACGCGCGCGCCGACCGGCUGCAUGUCAACAUGCACGACUCGGUGAAUGCGUACGUCUAUCCUGGGCCUGGCGCGCGUGACGUGCUUGACGGUCGCAAAAAGAUCAUGCUGCCUUUUGUCGAGACGGCCCGAGCGUGGACCGCGCGCGGCGGCGCAGCCGCAUCGGCAUCGUCUUCGUCUUCCGCCGCAGACGCGCUGGCAGGCAAUGCGUCGUCGUCGUCGUCCAACAAGACUGCGUUAUUCAAAGCGCCCGCGGCUCGUCGCAGCAAUACAGGCGGCGCCUCCACCACCACUCCUCGACACCCCGCAGUGUCAUUCGGCUCGGGCAGUGGCCCGGGAGUCACCAAAUCAGGACGCGGCAGUGGCCGGUCGCGCGUGUCGGCUGGCAGGGGCAGACGUGUCGGCAGUGGUGCCGUCAGCGGGGUGUUUGGCGAGGACGACGACGACGCGGUUGAUGACGACGUGGACGACGCCUUUGCUUACGACGAUGAUGCCGGGGGCUUUGCCAUGGGCGACGACGCCGACGAGGAUGAGCAAGAGGACGCGAGCGACAAGCCUGUUGGUCCUUGGAACUUGUCACCGGCCGACCAAACUCGCAUUUACGACGCCCUGUUUGAGCGCCGCAAGCUCUUGUGCGAAAAGUCGAACGUCAUGCCGCACAAUAUCAUGACGCAUGACAUGAUGUAUGAGGUCUCUGUCAACCUUCCCCUGGAUCUUCGCGAAUUGAGGCAAAUCAACAAGUUCACCGUCGUCAAGCUCAAGCAAAUCGGCGAGGACAUUCUCGAGACGCUGCGCGAGUUUCGGCAUCUUCGUUCCCCGCCUGCAGCACCGCCGACAGCGGGAUUGUCGCAAGCGCAACUCCACAAGCCACAGCAACAACCGCAGGCACAACAUGCGCAACAAUUGCUCAAUCAGUCCAAAGGUCUGGCUGGCUCGUCGACUAGCCGCGGCGAAUCGGUCUCUGCAUCAUCGUCAUCUUCUUCUUCAGCAGCGGCAGCAAUGGUGGCAGCAUCAGCAGCUGCAUCAUCAUCAUCGUCCAAGAGUGCGGUCGAUCUCGAGCUAGAAGGCGUCAGGGGACUCCCGCUCAGUCUCAACUUUGACGAUGACGACGAUGACUUUGACAAUGUCGCGAUUGGCACGUACGACACGCAAGUCGCAGAGACAACCUAUCCUGGAGCGACCACCACAGCCGCCCACUCGCCAUACUGGACCUCCAGCACCACCUCCGCUCCCACCCACAGUGAGAAAGUCAACAAUGGCGGCGCAAAUACGCUCUCCUCGUUUCUUGCGCGAGGCAAGAAGCGAGCCGCGGAGGACUCGGAUGAGCAGUCUGCGAACAAACGCGGCGCUCUCGGCUCGGGCGUGACGCCAACGGCCUCUUCUGCCGCUGCACCCGCGACAAAACCGCGCCACGAUAUUAUGGAUGAGGAUUUGUAACUUGGGGGAAGGCUGCUGACUUUGGUAUUUUUUUGUAUUGUACUGUAAAUUCGC